CCAGGACACGGUACUUCUCCUUCCCUCCCUCUAAUAAAGCUUCCAUCCCCCAUUCUUCCAAGUCCCAACCACCACCCACUGAUAUCCUAUUUAGUAGUUAAAGCAGUACACUCCACCUGCACCACCCUCGGCACCACCCCCUCCAACAGCGCCGCGAAUGCCUCUUUCCCAUAUGCCUUUCCCUUCUAUCUGCUCCUCCAUCCCACUCCCACCGUCAUCAUCAUCAUGUUCUCAAUGUACUACGUUCGUUAAUAACAACAAAGUGAAGUGAACCAGGUGGCACCAAUGCAUCGGUAGGCAACAAAACAAGAAGGAUAACAGGGAAAAAAUAAAGAACAAAGAAAGCUCUUGCUUUCUAGUUUUUUGUUUAUCCCUACUCCUAGAAGCCCCGCCUCCCGAGUCGGUCGUUCGUUCACUCCUCAUGGCGUCCAAACCACACACCACGGGCAGCGGCGACGGCAUGAGGCAGCGGGUGAACCGGUGCCUCACCAAGCUGUCCGACCGCGACACCGAGGCCAUGGCUGCCUCCGAGCUCGAGUCCAUUGCCAAGUCGCUAACGCCGGAUUCUUUCUCGCCUUUUCUCUCUGCCAUUGCCGACACCCGCCCCACCGACAAGACCCCGCUCCGUCGCCACUCGCUCCGCCUGAUCUCGCUUCUUUCUAAUUCUCACCCGGCGUCGUCUCUCGCGCCGCACCUCCCCCGCAUGCUUGCCGCCGCCCUUCGCCGCAUCCGCGACCCGGACUCCUCCGUCCGUGCCGCCUGCGUCGACGCAGUCCGCUCCAUGGCCGCCACCCACCCUGCCGCCGUCGCCCCCGUCCUCCUCCGCCCCCUCGCUGACGCUCUCCUCCACGAGCAGGACCACUGCGCCCAGAUCGCCUCCGCGCUCUGCCUCGCGGCCGCCGUCGACGCGGCCGCCCCCGCCGCCCCGGAUCUCGUCCACCACCUCCAGCGCCUGCUCCCCCGCCUCGUGAAGCUCCUCCGGAGCAACGCCUUCAAGGCCAAGCCCGCCCUGAUCUCCCUCCUCGGCAGCGUCGCUGGCUCCGGCGGGGCCUGCACCCCGGCUCUCCUUGGCCUCCUCGUCCCCUGCCUCGCUGAAUUCCUCGCAAGCGAGGACUGGGCCGCCCGGAAGGCCGCCGCCGAGGCUCUCUCCCGCCUCGCCGUCUCCGAGAAGGAUCGGUUAGCUGGAUUCAAGGCGUCUUGCCUCUCGUCCUUCGAGAACCGGAGGUUCGACAAGGUGAAGAUCGUUCGCGAUUCAAUGAAUAGGAUGCUGGAGCUGUGGAAGGAUAUUCCAGCAGCUCUUGAUGGUGAUUCCAAUGCCCUGCCAGCAUCCCCGUCGCAGUCCAACCCUUCUCUCAGAGAGAGUGCAAGUGAUGGGAGAUACCCAACGGCUUCAGUAAGUUCUAGUUCUGUGCAAUCUGCUGCUUUUGUUGCAAGGAAGAGCAGAUUCUCAUCCAGUAGAUCACCUCCACCUGCUGCCUCACCCAUUCCUACAACUAGAAAAAGAACUCCUCCGAUUAGGAAUGAGAAGUUGUCCCCUCCAUUGUUCCGUAAAACAAACACUAAGCAGAACUCUGAUUGGAGAGUUGAAAUUGCUAUUCCCAACACUCCUUCGGUUAAAGUUGUGAGUGAAGAUGCAAUUAUGAAAGGUCAGGAACAAGGAGGGAUGGAGGGCAAUGUGAGAUCCAGGUUAGAAGCAAGAAGGAUGCUUUUUGAAAAGAACAGCGAAGAUAAGGGAAACAAGUUGGCUGGGUUGAAGUCUGCAUCACGCGUGGUUCCAUUUCAAGAUGCUGGGAGCAUCAAAUCAACUGCAGGAGCUGACCAUGCGACUGAUGAUCUUAAUCCAGCACACAAGGAUAGUGACUUGUCUUUGAUUCGCAUGCAGUUGGUUCAGAUCGAGAACCAACAGGCCAGUCUGUUGGACCUUCUCCAGGUAACUUCUCCUGAUAUGCCAACAACAACUUCAGAUUUUUUUCUCUUUUUUUGGAGAGUUCUGGUAUGUCAUAGAAAAUAUAGUAAAAUUAUAGCAGGCCAGUCUGUUGGACCUUCUCCAGGUAACUUCUCCUGAUAUGCCAACAACAACUUCAGAUUUUUUUCUCUUUUUUUGGAGAGUUCUCGUGUGUCAUAGAAAAUAUAGUAAAAUUAUAGUUAUUACAUAUUUUUCAUACAAAUAUUUUGAUGGCUAUCACAUGGUAACACAGAUCUUCUCCGCUAUGGUUGCUUUUAUUUGGCAGGCUGAUUUUAAUGAUUAGCCAGGACCAAGUCCAUGCUUUCCUGAUUUAUAUGCAGCUAGAUAGUUCUGAGGUUCUAUUGAACUUUCCAGCAUUGACUUAUUCAUAAGCAUCUUAUUCCAGAUUAACACUAUCCAAACCAAGUUUGUAGCCAUACCUUGGGUUUGCUGCUGAAAGCACUUUGCUUGUACAGAAUUUUGUAUCUGCACAGUUGAGAGUUGACAUGUUGAUUUUGAUUGGUAUGAGACACAUUUCAGCUGAUCCUGUUUAUUAACCACAGUUUUUGAAAUUGAAGAGCCUUGUUUCCACAAUAUUCAUAUUAUUAGCUGUUAACUUUAAAGAAACCAAGAAUCUUGUGGACCACAUCUUGGGGAAUCCAAACUUACUUUUUUCCUUCUAUUGCUUCUAAAUACAAGAUUACUAAAAUAAACUUAUGAAACUUACAGGCAUAAAGGACCCGGAAUGUAGUUCCAAGACACAAGUCGUCUUGACUUAGGAUUCAUAUACGUUCCAAACUUGAUGUAUACAACGUACUUAGUAAGCAGUUUUUUUUCACGAUUCAACCUUGUAAUCAUGGCUUAAUAUGUAGUGUAUUUUUGGAUUUUUUGCAUACAUACCCUUCUAAAUAUUGGAAUUUGUGUGAAUAUCCUCCAAAAAUUGAUAUUUGCAUGCAUACCCUUACAAAAUAUAAAUUUUGUAUAAAUACAUUUGACAUAAUAAUUUAGUUGACGUCAUUAGCUAAAAUCAUAUUUAUUUAAAUUAAAAACUAAUUGAAUUAUGAAAUUACCUUUUUUAUCUC